UGGCAACCCUGCCUAACCUCACUUCUUGUGUACUGCUUGUAAACAAGAAAAACCCGCAUUUUUUGUAUUUCUGUACAGCUGAAAAACUUUAAAGUAAUUGAAAGAUAUUGUCUACUCUAUUUACAAAAUUGACUAAAACAAAAAUGAGCAAGAAGGAACUGCUUUCAAAAAUUGGUCUACGAUUAGAUGGUAGAAGGGCCCACGAACUGAGAAGAAUCAGAUGCAAAUUAGGUGUUUUUACUGAACCUGAUGGAAGUGCCUACAUGGAACAAGGACUAACGAAAGUAUUAGCUGCUGUAUAUGGCCCUCAUCAGGUUCGAGGGAGUAAAUCUAAAGCCCACCAUGAUAAUUGUCUCAUAAAUUGCCAGUUCAGCAUGGCAGUUUUCUCUACAACGGACAGAAAGAAAAGACCUCGAGGUGAUAGGAAGUCCACAGAGCUCUCAAUGCACCUACAACAAGCAUUGGAAUCUGUGAUAAAGACUGAAUUAUAUCCCUGGUCUCAGAUUGAUGUCUAUGUUGAAGUUUUACAUGCUGAUGGGGGUAUAUAUCCAACUUGUGUAAAUGCAGCUACCCUGGCCCUAAUAGAUGCUGGAAUUCCCAUAAAGGAAUAUGUUUGUGCCUGUACAGCUAGCUUAGCAAACAAUGAUGUUCCUAUGGUUGACAUUUCCCAUCAAGAAGAAGUUAUGGGAGGUCCCACUUUAACCAUAGCCGCUUUGCCAAUGUCAGGGAAGAUAGUUCUAAUGGAAAUGUCACAGAGGUUUCACCUUGACCAUUUAGAUAAAGUAAUGAAUAAAGCAUUGCAAGGUUGUAAAGAUAUAAGACAGAUUUUAGAUGCGGCAGUCAGAUUACAUGUAAGAGAUAUAGGCAGUGCAACAGGUUGGGCAUUAACAUCUUACAAUGAGUGAAUUGAGCAUCCAGUGUAGUGUAAGUGUAUAAGAAUAUAUUGUUAUGUGGGUAUCAUUUUGAAAAUAAAUUUUCUUUAAAUAA